AAAUGUGGCAGCGGAUCGUGUGCAGCUUGACGCUAUGUCUGGUCGGAUUGGCGGGCACCAGUCUCGCCAACAAUCUGGCCGGCUAUGAAGGCUAUACGAAAUACACUGUGGAACAUGGCAAUGAGAACGCCUUCCGCUAUAUGGUCGACCUGCAGACGAACGAUGCGGAUCUGGACUUCUGGCUGCUCACCCGCAACACGUCCGUGCUGACAGUGGGUCCCACACGCAAGUCGCAGUUCGAGUCGCGUCUCUCCAAUCUGGGCGUCAGCUAUCAGGUGCAGCCGCUGAUGGAGCUAAUGGCCGCCCUGCAGGCCAACAGCACCUAUGCGGACGAGGAUGGGGAGUACGAGGAGUGCCAGGAGGCCGACUGUGGGGAGUCGCAACGACCACGUCGUCGGUCACGUCGUCAGGCGCGUGGCUUCUUCUCUCACUAUCCGCGCUACAACGAGAUCCUCAGCUUCAUGAGCGGCCUGGCCUCACGCUAUCCCCAGUACUGUCGCUACGAGUCGCUGGGGCGCUCCAACGAGGGCCGCCACAUUGCCGCGCUCUCGAUUUCGCUGAACGCCAGGACGCGAUCGCGCCGUGUGGCUUACAUCCAGGCGGCGGCCCAUGGCAGGGAAUGGAUCACCACACAGACGGUGCUGUAUCUGGCCUACGAGCUGUUGAGCAAUCUGCGUGCCUUCCAGAGGGUGCUGCAGGAUGUGGAGGUGUUCCUGGUGCCGCUGGUCAAUCCCGAUGGCUAUGAGUACACGCACACAUCGGAUCGCUUCUGGCGGAAGAACCGUCAUCGGUAUGCCGGCCAUGCCUGCUCAGGAGUGGACAUCAAUCGGAACUUUGGCAACCAUUGGAACUACCAGGGCGCCAGUCAGAACCUCUGUUCGGAGGUGUACUCGGGCACGGCCCCCAACUCUGAGCCGGAAACGUCGGCCGUGGUGCGCUAUUUGGAAUUCAAUCGGAAUCGUGUGAAACUCAGCCUGGAUGUUCACUCAUUUGGCAAAUUCAUUUUUUAUCCCUACGGCUAUGCGAAAAACACCGUGCCCCCCACCGUGGGAACGCUACGCUCGGUGGCCCUGAGAGCCGCCAACCAAAUCGGAAAGUACCGUGGCACCCGCUACACCACCGGCACCUCUGCCUCGAUUCUAUACGAGGCUUCCGGCAGCUUGGAUGACUUUGCCUACGGCAGCCUGGGCAUACCACUGUCCUACACGCUCGAGCUGCCCGGCGAUGAGUUCCAUGUGCCAUCCUCCGACAUCAUACACGUCUGCAAGGAGACGUUUGCCGGCUUCGUUGAGUUCAUUCGGCAUGUUAGUCUGUACUAGAAGUGCCUUGCCGUUGUGUCCGUAUCUGUAAACUGUUUAAGCAAAUUGAAUUUAAUUGUUUGUUAACUAUACUAAUUAGGGAUUAAGCAUUAA